AUGCUGCAUCUCGGCAACCGUCAUGUGAAGGACUACGAUAAAAACGUAGAACUAGCCAGUUACAUACACACAACAAAUUUCAAUGAUUUGAACCCACCUCCCGGUGAUAUGGGCGUACCCGUGAUCAUCGACACAACGAAUGAAACGCAGUCACUGCAGCAGGAAGGGUUGCGUUCGUUUGGAUACAACCAGUACGCAUCGGAUUUGAUGUCGGUACGGCGACGUUUACCCGACAUAAGAGCCCCUUGGUGUCGGCAACUGCAACAAACAGCCAACCUUACGACCACGUCGAUCGUGAUCGUGUUCUACGAUGAAGCCUGGUCCGUGUUGUUGCGUACCGUGCACUCCGUACUGGACCGUACUCCUGGCCACCUAAUAGAGGAAAUUCUUCUCGUAGAUGACUACUCCACUGCAGCUUAUCUAAAGACACGUCUGGAUGAGUAUUUCGAACGAUAUCCUAAGGUGAGGAUCUUGCGUGCCCCGCAACGGUUAGGAUUGAUAGCGGCCAAAGUGUACGGUGCAAAGGCAUCGAAGGCUCAGAUCAUCACAUUUCUCGAUUCUCACGUCGAGUGUACCGUAGGUUGGUUGGAGCCACUGAUCCAGGAGGUGGCCCGUAACGCGACUACCAUUGCCAUUCCCACGAUCGAUCUCAUCGAUCUGUACAGUAUGGCGCUGGAUAAAGAUAAAGGACCGCUACGGGUAGGAGCCUACCAGUGGGAUCUCAAUUUUGGCUGGUGGGGUCGUGCCGCAAUGCACAAGAGCUACCCAAACCCGUUCGUCCCAUUCGAUACCCCGGCGAUGGCCGGUGGUCUGUUCUCGAUCGAUCGAACGUUCUUCGAGCGGCUCGGUUGGUACGACGAAGGUUUCGAGAUGUACGGUAUCGAGAACAUUGAGCUGUCGAUCAAAAGCUGGAUGUGUGGUGGCCGGAUGGUGAUCGUACCAUGCUCACGUGUGGCACACAUUGCCAAACUCACCCACCCCUACCUGGACCACGUCGGUAAGGAUAUAAUUUUGAAAAACUCGCUCCGGCUGGCGGAAGUGUGGAUGGAUGAGUACAAGCAGAUCAUGUUCGACGUUUACGGCAUUCCGCGCUAUCUGGUGGGUAUGUUUGGCUCGGUUGAAACGCGGAAAGCGGUCCGUGAGCGGGCCGGAUGUGGAACGUUCCGUGAUGAUUACAUUCUGACGGCCUUUCCGGAGAUGAUGAACCCACUCGUGCCGGGUGCUUUCCGUGGGGAGGUUCGUAAUGCUGCGCUAGAGCAGAACCACUGUCUGACGCAUCAGUGGCGCCAAAGUAAGGAGCCGCUCUCGAUGGAGCGUUGUAAUGGACGCGGAAAGGAACAGUACUGGGCGCACAACUUCUACCAUGAGCUCAACAAUUACUCGCAGUGCUUGGAAGUAGGUAUCACCGGGAGUGGUGUGCCAGUGAGUACGAAUAGAUGCCAUCGGAAGGCUGGCGUGAAUAGUCAACGUUGGCAGCAUGUGGUAGCAACUGGGCAGCUCCGGAGUGAAUCCAGUGGUCAAUGUCUUGCAGUAGAUGCCGGUCGAAUUGUAAUGGAACACUGUGACAGUGGCCGACAAGGUCAGCGAUGGAUAGUGAAGCUUAUUCAGCUGGAUGUAUCCGUCUUCAAGUACAACUAG